AGUAGUUAGUUAUGGUCCAUCUGACAUUUGCGCGCACGUUUACAAUGAGACAAGUCUACUAUUAUCAAUCCCAUUUCCAAUCUCUCCAUCGUGUAUCAAAUAUCAAUCUCGUUCUGCAGUAACAUUCACAGUUAGUCAAAAUCACAAAACUCAGCCAUGAAAGUUUGAUUGAUCAACAGAUUCAAGAAAAACAUUCCGGCAGCCACUAAUUCCAGCCGGCACCGGUGUUUUUGAUCUUUCCACCACACUGAUAAAAACCCAACCCACAUCACAGUAAAAUCAGCUUUCCUGAUCUGGGUUUCAAUCUCUCUCUCUCUCUCAUCUCUCUCCCCCUCUCUCUCUCUCUAUGGGCGAGGAGGGGAUGGUGAGCGAAAUCAAGAACACAAAAGUGAACCCAAAGCUGACAAUUUUACCCCUGAUCGCACUCAUCUUCUACGAGGUUUCCGGCGGUCCCUUCGGCGUCGAAGACUCCGUCAAAUCAGGCGGCGGCCCUCUUUUACCCCUCCUAGGGUUUCUAAUUUUCCCGCUCUUUUGGAGCAUACCUGAAGCCCUAGUCACGGCGGAGCUCGCCACCAGCUUCCCGGAGAACGGCGGCUACGUCCUCUGGAUCUCGUCGGCUUUCGGCCAAUUCUGGGGUUUCCAAGAAGGGUUUUGGAAAUGGCUGAGUGGGGUUAUGGACAACGCCCUUUACCCUGUAUUAUUCCUCGAUUAUUUAAAGAGCUCUUUCCCCAUUUUCAAUCAAAUGGCUGCUCGAAUUCCAGCUCUCUUAGGUAUUACAGUUUCUCUAACCUACUUGAAUUACAGAGGCUUGCACAUUGUCGGAUUCUCCGCCGUCUUGCUCGCCGGUUUUUCUCUCCUGCCGUUUGCUGUAAUGGGGUUCCUCUCGAUUCCUCGUAUCAAGCCGAAACGAUGGCUGGUGGUCGAUUACAAGAAGGUCGAUUAUCGGGGCUACUUCAAUAGCUUGUUUUGGAAUCUGAACUAUUGGGAUAACGCGAGUACGCUUGCCGGGGAGGUCGAGAAUCCGAGCAGGACUUUCCCUAAGGCCAUGUUUGGGGCGGUUGUUUUGGUGGUUUGUUCGUAUUUGAUACCUUUGCUCGCCGGAACUGGGGCGGUGGAGACCGACUCGGGUGACUGGACCGACGGCUACUUCGCUCAGAUCGGGGCUUUGAUCGGUGGUUCUUGGCUGAAAUGGUGGAUACAGGCGGCGGCGGCUCUGUCGAAUAUGGGGUUGUUUGAAGCUGAGAUGAGCAGCGACGCUUUUCAGCUUCUUGGUAUGAGUGAGAUUGGGAUGCUCCCUUCGAUUUUCGCUUCGAGAUCGAAAUACGGGACCCCCACAUUCAGCAUUCUAUGUUCGGCAACGGGGGUAAUAUUCCUAUCAUGGAUGAGUUUCCAAGAAAUCCUCGAAUUCCUAAACUUCCUAUACGCAAUAGGAAUGCUCUUCGAAUUCGCAGCCUUCAUCAAACUGAGGAUUAAAAAACCGGAGCUGCACAGACCUUACAGAGUACCGUUGGAAACUUCCGGGGCAGUAAUCCUCUGCUUGCCGCCCGUGUUACUGCUCGUUCUUGUCAUGUCUCUCGCUUCAUUAAAGACCGUUUUAGUGAGCGGUGCUGUGGUUGUGUUCGGUUUCGGUUUGUACCCUUUCUUGAUUCGUGCGAAAGAAAGGAGAUGGAUGGAGUUUCGUAGUGAUGCUAUUGCGGUUGGGAAUUCAGACAACGAUGUGGAAGGACAGGAAAACGAAGCGUCCGAGAGUCUUUUGACGGAUUUGCCCUCGUCUUCUCGGACGAGCUGUGUGUCUGACGGUUUUGAGGCGGUUGUUAAAUUGGAGUAGGGUUGGUGUGGCAGUUGUGUUGUAAUGUAUAUUCCAGAAUCUUGAAAUCAGAUAAUUGUAAUUUUUCAGGUGUUUUUUGUUUGUUUAUUACAAGAAAAAGGCUGUGUCCAUUUCUUUUUGCCUGAACAUAAGAAAAUUACCAAAACAUUGAAAGGAGAAAGUGUAAUCUAAAUAAAGUAAUUUUAGUUAUAUUUUGCUGA